AAAGGGGGCUUCAUUUCAUCGCAGAGCCUUUGUUAUCGGAGAGAGUUUUCUGUAUAUCCUCUCUCGUCCCUUCGCCCUAGAUUUUCUCGAGUCGUUCUCGGCUGUCUAGUUCGCCGGCGUUCUUCUUAUUCUUCUCCAAAAUGUCUACUGGAUGUUGCUUUUCAUAGGCCAACGCUGCGUCAGGGAUGGCUGUGCAUGAUGACUGUAAGCUUAAGUUUUUGGAACUGAAGGCGAAAAGAACAUAUCGCUUCAUAGUUUACAAGAUAGAGGAGAAGCAAAAGCAGGUUGUGGUGGAAAAAGUUGGGGAGCCCGCGCAAAGUUAUGAGGAUUUCACUGCAAGCCUUCCCGCCGAUGAGUGCCGAUAUGCAGUCUAUGAUUUUGACUUUGUGACUUCUGAGAAUGUCCAGAAGAGCAGGAUUUUCUUCAUCGCCUGGUGUCCUGAUACUUCAAGGGUGAGAAGUAAGAUGAUUUAUGCAAGUUCCAAGGACAGAUUCAAGAGAGAGCUAGAUGGUAUUCAGGUGGAGUUGCAGGCAACCGAUCCUACUGAGAUGGGCCUUGAUGUUAUUAGAAGCCGUGCCAGCUAAGUAUGCAUAGUAGACCUUGCCAUGGGGAUUUUCUCCAUACAGUCUGCUUUGCUCAAUUGAAAUGUUUAUAGUUUGUGAGACGGUGAAUCUGGCUAGAUGUGACUUCUGCUUGUUCUUCAAGAUUUACCGUACAGUUCAUGUCUUCUUCUAGAACAACAUCAAUGAUUUCGCGUAUAUCUUGUGAUUUGUUAUUUGUGGAACCUAUCGAGUGCCAUCUUGUAGCUUGAUGUCUACAAGCUAAUGCUAUGUAACAGUUUCUGGGGGUACACAACACCUUUAGUUUGUUUUUACAACUUUGAAAUGGGUGCUUGACCCUUUUUAUCUUUUAUUGGGAAUUUGGGAUUGUAGGAAAGGCAAGAUAUCAUGUCUUUCUGAUAAUCAUAUAUUUAUUCUUAUAAUGGUUGCAUUUAAAUUUUUUGUUUGUUUGACUA